AUGUCUGUGGAAGAGCUUGUACCCUCCAUGGUCUCCUGCAACAUGGAGCCUCCCAUCUGCAGGGACUGGAUAAUGAAAAACAAAGAGAAAAACAUAAAAUUAGAGAAGAUGGUAGACCAGAUAUCAGAUGGAAGCUCCGCAGAUGAAUCCGAGGAGGUGGAACCCGAGCCCCCACCUGUAGCCGUGCGAAGAAAGGUGUCGUUUGCGGAUGCCUUUGGUCUGGACCUGGUUUCCGUGAAGGAGUACGACAGCCGGUAUUCAUCCAGGUCGGAGGCGGACGGUAGAGAGGGUGAGGAAUAUUACAUCUCAUGCCUCUUCACCGUCCCAGCCUUAAACCAGGACAUGGAGGUGAGACUUCAGCAGCAGAAACUGGAGCUGGAGCGCAUCGAGCUGCUCCCUGGAUCCACCACGAUCCGGGGAAUCGUCCGUGUUCUUAACCUCUGCUUCCACAAGGCCGUCUACAUUCGCGCCUCAUUGGAUGGCUGGCAGAGUCACUUCGACCUGCUGGCGGAGUACGUGCCUGGGUCCAGCGAUGGCGAGACGGACUGCUUCUCCUUCCAUCUCGUGUUGACGCCUCCAUUCCCGGUCGAAGGGGUGCGGGUGGAGUUCUGUCUGCGUUACGAGAGCGCUGUUGGAACCUUCUGGGCCAACAAUGGAGGGACGAACUACAUUGUCUUCUGCCACCAAAGACGAAGGAACAAUCAGAGAGAGAAAGAGAAAGACAAUGAGAAAGAGAAUGAGAGUGAAAAUGAGAAGUUACUAGAGGAGAGUAGCCACAAAAGCAUCAGGAGCUGCCUUAAAACAAUCAGUAAAACGAUCUACACAGAGGCGACACCAGCAGAGGCGAGCAGGGAGAUCUCAGAGCAAGUCACACCCAAAACAAAGGAAGAAGCAAAUAACACAUCCUGCAAAUCCCUUAAGGACUGCUGCAAAACUCUGGUGGAUCGUCGUAGGAAACGUCAAGCUGCUCGUUUGGCGCAUGUGCAAGACUACUAUGUUCAAAAAGCAAUGGAAACCCAGAUUAGAUGUAAUUCCAACACAGGUGAAAGUACCACGUCCAUCCCAAGGCUAAGUAUACCAAGUAGAACUGAUUUGCCGGUUGUCCACAGACAACAAGGAUGCGGUAUGGACACACCACCUAUACUAAUGUACCACCAGAUCCCUUUACUUUCUCUGGAUUGGGGCAGUAAAACAAUAACCCCUCCCCAUGCAAACCCCCCUGAUGCCUACAAUGAAACAAGCUGGCAAGUUGAAGAUCACCUAGCCAAAUCGACUCAUGACGUCUGGGAAGCUUUUCUUAAAGGCACUGACACAACAAACACUCACAAUGAUAUGCAGGAACAAAUGUGUGGUCCUUCAGAGUCACUUGGCCAAUCCGAAGUUUUAGCUUCAAGGGAUAAAGUUGUAGUUCCACUGGAGAGCAAGGGAGCUGAGAAAGACAACAAUCAUGGGUCUGGUGACAGCUCAGUAAUGGAAACUGUAAAAUGUGAUCCUACAGAGCAAUCAAAGAGUUCUUCUAGAGAUCAGGUUGUGGAUUACCAGCUAGUGAAAGAGCCAAGAGUCACUACCGUACCAUGUUCUGCUCUGGGAUCAGAGCCAGAGAGAGUGGGAAGAGAGUUAAAGGCAUCUCGUGACCGCCAAGCCCCACAUCAUGAGCACACAAGUGGAUCUUUGAGUCAAGACACGACCAAGCCAAGCCCAGGGGACGAAACUCGAACCGCACAUGACACAGAGACUCAGAAUUCAGAAGCUAGAGAUGGAAUCUCACCUGAAGAAUGCACAGGCAGCUUCGACACCUCAAAGGUUAAAGAAAACACACACAGAGCGGUCAAAGACACCCUGACAUUUACAGGUAUCAGGGACGUGUCGCUCACAAAUAGACAGGCCGAGGGAUCUUCUUCAGAAAGGAAGGAUAUAAAUAAAGACGAUAGCGAGGAGCAGGUGGAAAUGAGGGAUUUUUAUCGAGAAGUACAUGAAGAGGACACGGAAAGCAGUAGAAAAGGACAAGAUGAAACAACUACGGAUCACAGCGCAGAAAUACAGAGUGUUUCAUGGUGCAAGAGCGAGGCGUUUAAUGAGAGCGAAUUAUGCACGUCGAACAAGAAUCUUAACAAAGACAAUUCAGAGCUACUGAAAAACGAAGAGAGGCCGUUUGAGGCAAACGAAGGACUUAAAAUGAAGGAGCAACUGAAUGAGACAACUAUAGAAGCUCCUAGCGCUGAAGAGGAUGAAAUGCAUUCAGAAACCAAACGAGAGCUUGUAGAGGACUCCCGAGCAGUGGGUGACAACUGCACAGAUGGAGAAGAGAGAGAGUUUAAGUUACUCAAGGCAAGUCACCAUCCAACAUUUAGCACUGACCUAUCCAAUCACCUUCUUCAAACAACAUCUGCAAAGGAAAGUGAGGUCACUUCUUCAGAAGGAGACUUUGAGCUUGGGAAGACUCUUAGAAACUUUCAAGAACCCCAGCGACUGAACAGAGAGGAUGAACCCCCCACGCCAUUACCCAACAUUCACCUGUCCUGGGUGGGCGGCAACAGCAGCAGACUGUUUUCAUGGUGGAAGGAGUUCUGCUCGAUGGUUUACAUGGCCAAGGCUCUUGUGUGUGCUGUUCUGUUUGUGAUCUUCAUAAUGGCGUAUCUGUACGACCUGCCGACCUGCUUGGCCCUCUAUCUGUUUUCUCUGUGCUGGUGGUGCAGCCAGGGCAUGAAACAGCGUCUGGAUGGGGCUGUUGAUGUGGACUGAGACCAGGCAGGAAGUUCUUGAACGUUUCGGAGGACGUUCUUGUCAAGUGAUGUGAUGUUUUUUAACGAAAAGUGACAUGAAGUGAUUCUACGGACCCAACAUCACUUGACAAAACUAGAUUUAGGAGGCAUUUUUGUUCUUGUUUCUUUCUUGUCACUUGUGUUUACAUUAAAAGUUCAAUUUAAA